AUAGGAAUUCGGAUUGGUCAAUUAUUUCUAUUUCCUGUUCCCAUUGGCUAAUGCCUAUUUCUAUUGCCUGUAGCCUGGCAUUCUGCAAGAGCCCGAAAAGUGUGAAAAGUAUAAGCAACUCGACAAACUAGUAGUGUACGCAACUGGAAAGCACCCAGUGUAUAUUUCUUUUUUAUGGCUGGAAAGUGUAACAAUGUAUCAAGUGCUAUACAAAUUAUAUUUGUCAUAAAAUCUGUUAUAAAAGAGGGUUAAAUAUCUACCAAAUAAAAUCUUUUCAUUACUUUCCCUGCAAAUCAAAUGUCUGAGAUAAAGUUAAUAAAUGGCAUAGUUGCCUUCAACAAAAAAGAAUACAAUCAUUACCUGAUGCAUCUUUCGUCAGAAAAAGAAUGGCCGGGUAUUAACAUCAAUGUUGUUGUUUUAGAUUCACGUGUCACACUUAACAUUCCAAUGCUCAUUAUGGAGUUAUAUCGAUUAGUACCUUACAAAGAAGACCGUUAUGUGCAUUUCCAUCCGUUCAAUAUGCCUUAUAUUAAAGUACGUAAAAUUGAUCUAAUUGGUAUAGUUACAAAUAUUAGACGCCAUGCCAAUAAUCUAUCUUUAACAAUUGAAGAUGGAACAGGUGUGGUAGAAAUUAAUUACAAAUUAGAGAAAUAUGCAUUUCUGUUGAAACAACAAAAGGAGAUUGAUGAAAAGUAUAGAGAACAAGCUAAAGAUUUAAGAAAAUAUGAAACAAAUGCUAACGAUUGGCCAAAGAAAUUGCGUGAGACACAUCCAGAAUUUUCUUAUACAGAAAAUGCUUGUCUUCAAAAUAGAUCUAUUCUAGAGAAUAAAUGGUUGUCAGCGACAAACAAUGAUUUAUUGGGUAAAGAGGUUCAAUUGUUUGAUUAUGUAUACAUCAAUGGAUAUCCCUGUCUUGACAUAAGGUUUCAAACGACACCAGAAGAAAUUACAACAGAAUUUAUGCAGCGUACAAGGUUGACAGUAUAUGCAAUAUCUGUUGCACGUAUAUCUGAAGAAACAUACAAUGAGAAGUUAUCUAUGUGGAUGAACAAAACUAUUUGCCAAAGAUAUACAAGGAAGUAGGAAAAAAUUUGUUAACAAUGUUAAAACCUACAAAAUGUUAUAUUAAAAAGUUUGGACAUUCAAGUGUUGCAUUAAAUAUAAAACUGUAUAAAAUAUUAAAUAUAAUUAUGUAAAUAAUGCUUUUUAUUAUCCAGGUAACUUGUAUCUUGAAGUAAAACCCAAGUAAAAACA